UACCGCCAGUUAUGGUGGAAAACCGGUAAUAUACAUCCGAAAGCCAAGUGGGAGGAAGCCACUUUACCAUACGAGCUCAAGACUGGGGUGACGUUGGACGAGUAUAUUAUUCAAAUAGAUAAGCAUAACGUAAAGGGUCUUUGGGAAUGGGAAAAUGGAACCGUUCGCGUUAUCGAACUUUCUUCAGGCUUUCACGGGGAAAGUAUCGGUACAAUUAUAGGAGAAUUGGGUGUAGCACUUCGAGCAGUGAAAUGUACUCCUUCCAGUGUUACUAUUUCUGAUGCGACGACGUCAAGAACAAAAGAAAAAGGAACAGAGCCGGAUGCGUCUCUUAUACCUGCAAGAAAACCUCAAAUGUUUAGAGGUGGAUAUGAUGGGAAAAAUACACCCUGGCCCAACAUUGUAAUAGAAGUUGCUUAUUCUGAAAAUCUUAAGGAUAAAAUAGAAAAUUACUAG